UGUUAGCUAUAAUAAUUAUUAGCAAUCAAUGGAAUACUUUCACUUAGUCUUUUUUCUUUUUACCCAAGGAUAAUUCAGCCUGGAGUUGAGUAGAUAGGAAAUGAUGAACAGAUACAAAAUAUCCACAAAUCACAGUAAAACCCACACAUAAACUUAAUCUCCAGGACCACUAAGGAUUUACAGGAGAUUCCUGGAGAAUCUUGGGCUGUGACAUUUUUGCAUAAGACUUGGUAAAUCACAGCCAGUUGGAAGAGUCUGUAUUUGGAGAAUAGGGAAGUUAAUUUUGUUUGGUGAAAAGAUGUGGGAGAGGGGAUAAUAGAUUCUGACUGAAUGCUAAUUACUGGUGAGUUGUUGGGGAGACGGUGUAAGAAGGGAUGAUUUGUUUUAAAUUAGUCAUUAGUUGCAUUGUUAAGGACUGAAAGUUUAGAGCUGUGUUGUACAGGUGCCAGGCCCACAAAAUCCAUAUGAUGGAUGGCCCUACUCACUGACAGUUCUAAGAGGAAAACUCAAAUCAAACCCAACGUGUGUGGCUGGAAGACUUCUUUAAUGAAAUCAGUAUCUUUCGUUAUAAUGCUGAGACUUUCUGCCCUUUAGGUUUGAAAAGAUGGGGAAUCUGGAUUGUUAGGUUAUCGGUGCUUUCUCAGCUGCAAGAUCUGAAACAUUGCCAAGGCUACUCACACUAAGGAGAGACACAACCUGGCACGCACAUCAGACUUUUUGCUUGUAGCUGCUCAACGAGCUCAAAGUUUUAAUCUAAUGUUGCACAGAGAAAAAAAAAACUGAGCCAAAAAACUUUUUUUCUUUCUGAAAAAUGAUACUGUUGACACCAAAGCAAAGCAAACCGCUAUUUUUGAAGGUGUGUUUUACUUUGCAUUUUUUAAAAAAAAUAGUCCUCAAAGGCUUGCUUUCUUAGUUACUUUCAAUCCUGGCUUUCCUCCAUUAUUCAUUUCCAUUUUCAGCAAAGAGAAAAGGUGAGUUAAUGAUUCAUUGGCUCCCAGUGACCUUUUGAAUAACUGGACUGUGAUGUAUCAGUGUUGCUUCUAGUUUUCUCUCUCUUGGGCUCUCUCUCUUUAAAAGCAAAGAAGUCACCCCCCCCUUCCUAGUUUAGCUUUAAUAUUUACAGGCUGCGCUAUCUACAUGCCUGGAUGCCCGAAGGGAACACAGCAUUUACUGCUUUUCCCUCCCCUGAGUUAGUGAGCUAUUUGAUCCUGCCCCAUUCCUUCCUUGACUUUGCAUCACACUUCGACUUGACUGCCUUGGAAGAAGGUUUCCAGAAGAUCUGUUUGAUUGAACAAAGAGGAUGGAUUCAGAUUCAGACUCACCUUUUAACUACUCAUGGCCUUCAUUUCCUAAAAUGAAGAUUCGACGAAGGGCUUCUAGACAAGAACGACACCACUCUUUUGAUGUUCUCAAAAAAUCUAAAAAUUCAACUUUCCUUGCUGCAUCUCAGCUUUCCAACAUGCUUAAUGGUAGUGAUGAAGUCUAUGCAAAUUGCAUGGUGAUCAAUCAGGUUGCUGAUUUGGAUAUUAAUUAUAUUAAUGUGGAGGGUCUGACUGCCCAGUCCAGCCCAGAAUCCAUGAAUUCAACUUUGCUGUCUCAGAACUGUGCACAUGGUUUGCCCAAGGAAACCAGCCAAGAUAUUGCAUUAAGUGAAAACAGUCAAGUAGCAGUAAACAGUGGAGGUCGACAACCUUUCCUGUCUCCUACCAGUUUGUGUACAGCAAGUUCACAUCUUACCUUCAACCUGCGGGAAUUUGAAAAGGAGCAAAAUCAAUUGAAGAAAAGAAGUUCAAGCCUUGAUGCCCUGGAUGCUGAUAGUGAAGGAGAAGGGAAUUCUGAACAAACCCAUAUCUGCUACCCUCCAGAGUCCCACAGUUCCUCAGCACCAGGGACCACAAGUGGGGAUGAAUUGGACUCAUUUGAGACUAAUGUUGAACUGGAUUUUAACAUCAGUAGAACUGAAUCCCUUUCAAUUUCUAACAAUCUACAAUCAAAGGAUUCACUCCUUUCUGGACUCCGUUCACGUUCCUAUUCCUGCUCAUCACCCAAAAUUUCCUUAGGAAAAACCCGUUGGGUACGUGAUUGUACAGUGUGUGAUUCAAGUGAAGAUGGUGUGUUCCUCAACAGUGGUCGUUCACUCCUUCAGUCUUUUUCACUGUCUAAAUCAGUGUCUCUGCUCCAUCCUUGUAAGCAAAGAGCUUACAGUUUAUCGGAUCCAUCACGAGAGAAAAGGAUUCAAGAGGAGGAAUGGGAUAAAUACAUCAUACCUGCCAAAUCAGAAUCGGAAAAGUACAAAGUGAGCCGCACAUUUAGCUUUCUCAUGAACAGAAUGACCAGCCCUAGGAAUAAAUCUAAGACAAAGAACAAGGAUGCCAAAGACAAAGAAAAAUUGAAUCGACAUCAGUUUGUCCCCGGGAUGUUCUCAGGGGUUCUACCAUGUUUUGUUUGUGAUAAGCCCCUUCUGGGAAAAGAGUCAUUCCAGUGUUCUAUCUGUAAUGCAAGUGUACAUAAAAGCUGUAGAGAAUGCACCCUUCCAUGUACCAAGAAACUCCAGGAGAGAUAUCACAACAAGAACAGACCGCAAGCUAUCCUUGGAAAUUCUUCAUUUAGGGAUAUUCCUCAUCCCAAUUCCUCUUCUCUGCACCCUUCUUCUUCCAUGCCUAUUGGCCUCCCUACAGGAAGAAAAGAAGCUACAUGUCCAGGGCACUCACUGUCCAGAAGUGUUCCUGGGGCCAGCCUAGAAAGUUUCCGAAGGUCAGUGACAUCUUUGGAAUCAGAUGCUGACAGUAACAAUUGGAGGACUAGGUCACAUUCUGAUGAGCUGUUACAGUCAAUGGGAUCUUCUCCCUCCAUGGACUCAUUUAUAAUGGAAGAAGUUGUUGAUUUGUCUCUGUGGAGUGAUCUCAGCUCAGAUGCGCAGGAGCUUGAAGCAGAAUCUUGGAGUCUUGCAGUAGAACCAGCAUUUUGCAGCAAGCAGGAAAAAGAUGUCAUCAAAAGGCAGGAUGUCAUUUUUGAGUUGAUGCAAACUGAAAUGCAUCACAUCCAGACCCUGCUCAUCAUGUCUGAAAUAUUUAGAAAAGGAAUGAAGGAAGAACUCCAGCUUGACCACAGCACCGUGGAUAAAAUAUUUCCCUGUUUAGAUGAGUUACUAGAGAUUCAUAGGCAUUUCUUCUAUAGUAUGAAGGAGAGGAGGCAGGAAUCCUGUGAAGGCAGUGACAGAAAUUUUAUCAUCAACCGAAUCGGAGAUAUCCUGGUGCAGCAGUUUUCAGAAGAAAAUGCAAAUACAAUGAAGAAAAUAUAUGGAGAAUUUUGUAGCCAUCAUAAAGAAGCCGUCAGUCUCUUCAAAGAGUUGCAGCAGAACAAAAAGUUUCAGAAUUUCAUCAAAGUACGUAAUAGUAACCUUUUGGCUCGACGGCGUGGAAUUCCUGAGUGUAUUCUAUUGGUCACUCAGCGCAUCACAAAAUACCCAGUUUUAGUAGAAAGAAUACUGCAGUACUCCAAGGAAGGGACUGAAGAACACAAAGACUUGUGCAAAGCUCUUUGCUUAAUUAAGGACAUGAUUGCAGCAGUGGAUUUAAAAGUCAAUGAGUAUGAGAAAAAGCAAAAAUGGCUGGAGAUCCUGAAUAAAAUAGAAAACAAAACUUAUACAAAGCUUAAAAAUGGCCACGUUUUCAGGAAGCAAGCUCUGAUAAGUAAAGAAAGGACUUUGUUAUAUGAUGGUCUAGUUUAUUGGAAGACUGCCACAGGCCGAUUCAAAGAUAUCCUUGCUCUGCUUCUAACUGAUGUGCUACUCUUUUUACAAGAAAAAGAUCAGAAAUACAUCUUUGCAGCAGUUGACCAGAAGCCAUCUGUUAUCUCCCUUCAAAAGCUGAUUGCUAGAGAAGUAGCCAAUGAGGAAAGAGGGAUGUUUCUCAUCAGUGCUUCAUCUGCUGGCCCUGAGAUGUAUGAAAUUCAUACCAAUUCUAAGGAAGAGCGUAAUAACUGGAUGAGGAGGAUACAACAAGCAGUAGAAAGUUGCCCAGAGGAAGAAGGGGGAAGGAUGAGUGAAUCUGAUGAGGAUAAAAAGAAAACUGAAGCAAGAGUAGCUAGAAUCCAGCAGUGCCAAGAGCUACUUAGAAACCAGGACCAACAGAUCUGCACAUAUUUGGAAGAAAAGUUACAUAUCUAUGCUGAACUUGGAGAAAUGAGUGGACUUGAAGAUGUGCAUUUAGAACCUCAUCUCCUUAUUAAGCCUGACCCGGGAGAAGCUCCUCAGGCGGCCUCAUUAUUAGCAGCAGCACUAAAGGAAGCUGAAAGCCUCCAAGUUGCUGUGAUGGCCACACAAACAGGUGAUACAAAUCAUUCAUCAGAGGAGAAUUGUGGAGAACUGGGCUCGACAGACACACUCCAGGCUAGCGAAGUACUUGCACCUUCUACUGCUUCACAAGUUACCGAAGGAGAAGGAAGAAGAGAAUCUUGUGAUUUGGAUUCCUGUAUCCGUGGUAUUGUAAAUAACAUGACAAGCCCUGAUGCAGGGGAGAAGGCUGAAUACAUAGAUUUUCCAGGUUCAUCACAGGCAGAGAUUAUACAAGCCAUCCAGAAUCUAACCCGUCUCUUGUAUAGCCUUCAGGCUGCGCUGACCAUACAAGACAGUCACAUUGAGCUCCAUAAGUUAAUUCUCCAGGACCCUGAGAGAAUGCCUCAUGGUUUAUCUCUCCGGGGUGGACUGCUCCAGGAGCAAGAAAAAUCCCGCCACUUGGAGAAACAGCGGGAAGAGCUGGCCAACAUCCACAAGCUACAGCAUCAGUUCCAACAGGAGCAGCAGCGCUGGUACCGCAAAUGUGACCAGAGGCAGCGGGAGCAGGAGGCAAAGGAAAAAUGGCUGCUGGAGCGUGAGAAGGAAUGUCAAAGUCAGGAGGAGAUGCUCAGUCGGAGUCGGGGGGAACUAGAUCAUCAGCUGCAGGAGUAUCAGCAAAACCUGGAGAGGCUGAGAGAAGGUCAGAGGAUGGUGGAGAGGGAAAGAGAGAAGGUCAGGAUCCAGCAGAAUCUCCUUUGUCACUGGAAACACAGUCGGCAGAGUAGUCUCCCUGAAGCCUUUUCUCCAGGAAGCAAUGAGGUAACAGGCCUUAAUCGAUCGGACAGCUUCUGCCACGAGAAUUCAUUCUUCAUAAAUGAAGCUUUGGUACACAUGUCACUCAACACUGUCAACAAAUCAAACUCAUCUGGAGUACACCAAGAUAUCAUAUUCCCAUUAAAUAUCUCAAAUUCUGAUUUAACAAGGACUAGUGAGAACCAAACAGACCUCAAGAUGGACCUUUCUUAUCACUCCAAUGUUACUCAUGAACUAUGGAGAGCUACUGAUCCUGGUCAUCAAGUACCUAAUCUCCUCCGAGGCAACAAGGAUUGUUGUAACAACGAUUUGGAGGAGAAUCAAAGUCAGUGCUCAAAAACACACAAUUCAAAUCCUGGAAGUGUUCAGCCCUGGCAGGGUCCUGAAGCUAAGUUGAACUUGCCGUCCACAAGCUUACAUGAUGGGGACAAUGGUGAUGGAGUUGAAGAAAAUAUUGUUUACCUCUGAUUGUGUGUUGUCACUGAUUUUUGUCAUGGUUGUUUCAAAGAAAACAUUAGCACUUUGGAGAUAAAGUUGUAUUUUUUGCUUUCCUGUUGUGCGUAGUUGCUGUCCAUAAGAACUAUCUGCUUUAAGAAUUUGUAUUUAAUAUUCUGUGCAAAACCUUUUUUUUUGACAUGAGUAUAACAAUUAAGUUAUUUUAAAAACACUCCUCUUUUAAAAAAAAUAAUCUUUAACUUAUCAAAGGCCUUUACAGAUGUCUGAUGGGGAAAUCCAAUUUGAAUAAGAAAUAUUUAAAUGUCAUAAUGACAAAAAUUUCAAAUUGUAUUUUUAUCAUAUUGAAUCUCCAAAUUUCUCUUAAAACUUGGAUUUAUAAAAUUUUAAAGAGUUCUAUGUUUGGUGGAAGUACUUUUUUUUUAAGCCAGAAACACCGUUUUACAAAAACUGGUGACUACAGAAUACUGAGGAGAAUAGGAGAAUCCCUUUCUCAGCUGCCCUAAAUGUGCUGUUCUCACUUGAGAGCACAGAGAUGAGUGAAUCCUUGAAAUAGAAUGACUGUGGUUAAGUGGUUACAAUGGAUCUUCAAGCUACAAUCUAGUAUCUUCUUUCAACAUAAUCAUCCAAAAGGAUCAGAGAUACUCACCAGUCAACCAUGACUCAUGAAGUGGAAUUCUUGUUAGAGACUUGGGGGAUGCCAUCCUUUCCAGUGUUGUCUAGAAAACAUGGACAUCCAUUUGCCACUCAUCAAAUAAAACCCUUCAGUUGUUUUAAAGGGAAACAAACUGUGCUACGGCUCUGAAGUCCAGUGCAUGUCUUCUUCUUUUCCAGAAAGAAAAAAAUAGCCAGUCCCUCUUCUUUUCCCCCAUCUUCAAUGUAAUAUCAGUCUUUGUGUGGUAGAAAUAAACCAGGAAAUAUUUUCAAAUCUUGUUCUUCAGAAAAUUUGUAUACUUUUUUUUGUCAGUGUCAAUAAAUAUCUUAUGCCUCA